CGUAAGCGGCGAUUAGGCUAAGGAAUAGUCCGAUCCAUUAUAGAAACAGCCCGGUACAUUAGAGACAACUAUUAGAUUAGUUUCUCUCUUCAAUGGGUUCCCAGCCACAGUGGGAUUAAAGGGAACGAAGAAGCAGAUAAACUAGCUAAAGCUGCGACUACACGCCUUAGAGAAUACAGCUUUAAGCCACUGAUAUUACUUCAGUUCCAAGCAGUUAAGGACGCAAUAUAUGCAACCUAGGCAGCCGAAUAGGAGAAAUCGGAUAAAGGACAACACCUUCGAAGCAUUAAUACAGCACCGCCAGGCCCUCAUACCCGGCACCUAUACGAUAAGCUCUUACGGAGCUAGGCUAGCCUCCUUACCCAGCUGCGAACCGGCUACUGCUAGCUCAACCAACACCGCACACGAAUAGGUCGGAUCAACAAC